CUUUUUCUUUUUUUUUUCUAUAAUUUCCAAUAUAUAAUGAACGUUGACGAUGAAUGGGUGUUGAAAGCACGGCUGGCCAUGGAUGAACGCCAAAUACGAAAUCUAGAGAAAAAGAUCAAUCAAUGGCUCUAUUCUUUAUCAACCGAUUCUAUCGAAACAGCUCAAAACACAUAUGACUCUUUAUUAGCACAGAUCGCCAAUUAUCAAACGAAUAUUGAACGACAUCAUCUUAUUCGACAGGCAAAUAAUAUGGACAGUGAACAAUAUUCGAAUACUGUAGAAAAGACAGCAACAAUGGUGGUGGAAACUAGGAAUGAUAUUACUAGUUUGAAGGAUGACUUAGUCAAGGCUCAAAAAGUACGGGAUAACAAACUAGAGUAUGACAGGGUAGCUCUAGAAAUCAUGAAAUUACAAACGCGCGACGCUUAUCAAGAAUCUAUUACACAACUCAAGGCUGAUAUUGAAUUUUUGAAGAAUGAAAAGUUGAAUAAGGAAGUAGUGAUCGAAUCUCGGAAACGCCAAUUAGGUGGAUUGAUCGAAUCAGCAAAGAAGAUACAGAAAGGAAUGGAAGAACAACGAGCACUCACUAGGGAAACUCAAAAACGGUUGAUGGAUAUGAAUACAGGCAAGGAAUACGAUUCUUCUGACGAUGAAAAUGAUGGGGACAUGUCGCCUAGUGUCCCUCAAGAGGAAGAGAAUACAACAAAUGGAGCUACAACUUCACAUCGAUUCCACGAACGAAAUGAAGACGAGGAAAGAAAUGAAGACGAAGAUGAAGAAGGAAUGCUACCGAACGGAGAAGAUGAAGAAAAAACCAAUGUCAUGACCAACGGAAGCCGAUAGUGUAUUUGUAUAUAUAUUAGUUGUAGUAGUUUUAGUUGAAUUAUUUAAAAAGUCUUUAUUUAUUAACAAUAAAACAAUAUUUUUGAAAAAUG